CCGGCCCCGUAUAAGUGGAAGAAAAUGGAUGGAUGGAUGGAUCUAUCUAUCUAUCUAUCUAUUCAUCCAUCCAUCCAUGUGUGUCUGCUGCCUGCCUGAAAGAGUUGCAUAAAACAAGCGCACCUCCUCACUGUCUAACUGCUAACUAGUGAUGAACUCUGUAGCACGAAGUCGGAAAAAGCUGUUCUUUUAGAUAAUUGUUAGCUGAGGCUAAUGCUAACCCAAAGCUAGGCUUUAAAAUGCUAACGCAGGUCACAGAGGAACUGUAGCUGCUAAUGCUGCUAAUUUUCAGGAGCAGAAAGGAAUAAACGUCUAAAAUCUGUAUCAGAUACCAAGAAUAAAUCUGCAUUCUGAUUUGAUUUAUUGUCUAGAGUCUGCAUCUUUUCCAAUCAGUACAGAUUAAACUGGAUAAACCUGCAUUCAUAGCUGCAAAACAGUAAAAUAAACAGAAUGAUCAUAUCUUCUGAUAAACUCUGAGUUUAAUGAAGAUCUAGAACCUCCACCAAGUAGGGCUGAACGAUUUAUCUAAUUUGCGAUUUUAUCACGAUAUUACGUCACGCGAUUUUGAAAUCGCGUGGCUACUCGAUUUUGAGCCUUUGUUUGGUUGUUUCGCACCCAUUCAUUUUAAUCAUGCCUGUGCAUUCAUAUCCAAGGCCGCUAGGGGCGAUAGUGCGCCCGCCCCUGGUAUAGCAGGCGGAGUUAGGGAAAGAAGAAGCACACCUUGACGAGAGGCAAGCGGAGGCAAGCAGCAGCUAGCAGCUAACUUAUAGCAAACAAACUUUCCCCACAAUGCGUGAGGAUCAGGAAAGUGAAGACAGCGAUGGAAACACUGCACAGACUGUUUCUUUGCAGUCUAAGAGAAAAGGAUCGUCCAUUAUCUGGCAGUAUUUUGGAUUUAAAAAAGAAGACGACGCACAGUCGGAGGUAAUUUACAGAACAUGUGGGGCGAAAGUCUUAACAUCAAAAGGAAACACUACAAAUCUUUUCCAACAUCUAAAAAACCACCACAAAACCGUAUAUGAUGGCUGCAUGGCAAAAAUACCAACAAGACCAAAAGCACCUCAACAAGCUUCACUUAAAGUGAUGUUUGAAAAUGUUACCCCGUACGAGCGAACAUCAAAAAGACACAGAGAAAUCACACAGGCAAUAGCGGAGUACCUGGCUAAAGACAUGCUGCCUUUUAACAGUGUCAGCGGAUCUGGAUUCAUGAAGAUGGUCAAUGUUUUGGACAAGCGAUACAGCAUCCCCGCACGUACUUACUUCAGCCAGGUUGCCAUCCCUGAACUAUAUAAAAAGUGCAAGCACGAAGUCAUGAUGGAGAUUCAAGCAGCUGGGUUUUUCGCUGGUACAACAGACUUGUGGACAAGUCGUGCAUCUGAGCCGUACCAAAGUCUCACGGUCCAUUUCAUCACUGAAGAUUUUGACAUAAAAGCUCGCUGCCUUCAAACUGCCUACUUCCCAGACGACCAUACAGGCGAAAAUAUUGCAGCAAGUCUGAGGGAGGGACUUUCGUGUUGGAAUCUACCUGAAGAAAAACUUGUGUGCAUCACCACAGACAACGCGUCAAAUAUGGUGAAGGCUGCGGAGCUGAAUGAGUGGACCAGGCUUCAAUGCUUCGGACACAGACUCCACCUCGCCAUUGAAAACGCUCUUAAAGAAGUAGAUGACAAGGUGUCAAGAGCCACAGGACUGUGUAGGAAGCUUGUAGGGCAUUUCUCACACAGCUCUAAAAAGAAAAUAGCCUUGGCUGAAGCACAGAGGCAGCUUAACUUACCUGAGCACUGUCUCAUUGUGGAAUGUCAAACACGAUGGGGAUCCAAAGAGAAGAUGAUCCAAAGAGUCCUCGAACAGGCCAAGGCCAUAUCAAAGGUCUUAUCAGGAACACCAGCACGCACUCUCAUCCCAACGUGGCAAGACAUGGAUGUGCUUGAAUCUAUUCACAAAGCACUACAUCCACUAUUAGAGUUCACAGAUGCUCUAUCCGGAGAAGAGUACGUCAGCAUCUCCUACCUCAAGCCUGUUCUCCAUCACUUGGCCACAUCUGUGCUUGCUGACGAUGCAGAGGAUACUGAGUUAACAAAGUCAAUUAAAUCCAAAGUCCAGACAUACCUUGAAAACAAAUACAGCUGCCCUAUCACUCAAGAACUUUUGGAUGUGGCGUCAUUUUUAGACCCUCGUUUCAAAACAAAGUACACCAACACAGACAAGAUUCCCAUCAUUAAAAGCAGACUGAAGACAGAAAUGCUGGAUAUACUAAGACAAGAGAAGAGAUCUCGCACCGAAAGUGCCCACGGUCCACAAAGUGCACAUUCCAGUGGGGCAAAAGGAAAGAAGUCAAUUGGCAGCCUCUUCAAGUCCAGCGCUUCAGCCUCCGAUGUGUCCAGUGUCAGUGUUCAGCCCGAAGAUGUUGUGGAGGCCGAGUUUUGCAGCUACCUCCUUGCCCCCUUGAUUGAUGGAGAAGACGAUCCACUUAAGUGGUGGAAAGAGUACAAAUUUAACUUUCCCCACCUGUCGAAAAUGGCCCGCAAGUACUUGUGUAUACCUGCCACUAGUGCUGCUUCGGAGCGCCUUUUUAGCACAGGGGGCAACAUUGUCACUUGCACACGAGCAUCACUUAAACCAGCAAACGUGGACAUGUUGGUCUUCUUAGCUAAGAACCUGUGAACAGUAAAACCUGGCGGAGGGUGUUUCGUUCAGUUGCACUUAAGUUUGUUUAGUAGUGUUUCGUACUCAAGUAUUUUAAUUUAAAGAAAUGUUAAAAGGUAUUUAAUAUUUACCUUUAGCAAGCAUUUGAUUUUGAUGCACCUGAUAUCUUUUCUUUGAAUACUUUUAUUUAUUAUUUUUAUUUUAUCUCUAACUUACAAGCUGAAAAGUUUACUUGAGUUUUGAGAGUUUGUUGCACUAUGCACUCUCUGCACUUUGUUUUGUUGACAAAGUCAAAUGUUCACAAAGCUUCACAUUCAGUGAAUUUAAUAAAAAUGGCUUUGUAUAAACAAGAUAGUUUUGUUAUUAUUAUGUAGCUUUAUAUACAACAAAAGGUAUUUUUGGUGCAGUUAAAAAAAAAGAAAAAUCGAAGAAAAAUCGAUAUCGCAAUAUUGGUAGCUAAAAAUCGCAAUUUUGAAUUUGGUCAAAAUCGUUCAGCCCUACCACCAAGUCUGGAAACAUCCUGACUCCAGCAGUUCACUGACUAACUGAUUUAAACGUGGUAAAGCUGGUGAGGUUA